UACAGGCAGGAAAUAACUUGCUCUCUACAUCCGAGAGAGACAUCCGUGCUCUCAUUAAUGUAAGCCGUUCCGAUAGAGCAGCAUCUGACGAAUUAAUUAUAGACAGGCACCACUUCCUAUUCCAAUCCCCUCAGAAUGGACCGGGCAGUCGAAGACGCAACGCCUGCGGAGGAGUGGUCCCAGUCCCUCAACGCCACUUGCAACCGCCUUUCUACGCAAUACUCAAAUCUACUAAAGUCGGCUUCUUCUGUCACCGCUUUGGCCGAAGAAAAUAAACACGAUCCCAGAGCUGGUGGUGGACACAUGAUAUCGGCUCAGGAUCCGCCACCGCCACCGCUCGCAGCUGAUGUUGCACUAGCCUCGUUACAAUGCCAAUUAGCUUCGGAAAAUAUUUGUGUUGCGACAUCGCAUCUCUUGACUUUGAUACGAACGCUGAGAUUAUCCCUCCUAUUAAUGGACGAAGAUACAAUCGACGCGGAGGAAAGCUUGCAGGCGCAAGAAACAAAACGAAUGACGGAACAAGCCAUGACAAAGGCCAUCCAGUUGGAGCAACAACUCAUGAUUCAACGACAGGAGAGCUUGAACAGAUGA